AUGGCAAACGAGGCGGUUUGGCUAACCGAGUUUGGCGGGCAAGCGAAGCUGGGACCGGCAGAUGUGCAUGAGCCUGGUGAAGGCGAGCUACUGAUACAGGCCAAAGCAAUCCCAGUCCAGCCUGGAGAAUGGAAACUCAAAGAGGGCAUAAUCCCCAUUCGCCUUCGUUACCCAACCGUUAUCGGCCUGGGCGUCUCCGGUGUUGUUGAGAAGACUGGCCCUGGUGUGACCCAUUUCAAGGCUGGAGACCGCAUCUUGGCUAAUACUACCGGCGUCCUUCGCAACGAUCCUCGCUUUGGCGCCUAUCAGAAAUACUGUCUUGUGCCUGAAAGAUUUGCUUCAAAGAUCAGCGAUGUGCCAUUUGAAGAAGCCGCCAAUAUCGCCACGUCUUAUGCGGCGAUGAGUGCUCUAGUCCUACAUCUGGGACUGAACAGACCACAUAUACCCAGCGCGCCAUCCACUGGCGAAAGGAUAAUGGUCUGGGGCGUGUCGUCGUCGUUCGGCAUCUUCGCAGCCCAGCUAGCCACACUCGCAGGAUACGAGGUCGUUGGUGUCGCAUCUGCUCGCCACGAAGAGCUUGCGACAACAUUCGGUGUUAAGCAUUUUCUGGACCGCGCUUUAGAAGAUGUUGUCUCCAAAGGUUCUUCGCUAGGGCCGUUCAAAGCCGUCUUUGCUGCUGCCGAUGACGCUGAAGACCAAGUCAAGAUCGGAGCCAUAUUGGCGGCUCAAGGUGGCGGCUCGUUUUUGUCUACGAUGGGUGUUCGACCAGGUGUGAAACUGCCUGAGAAUGUCAAGGGAGAUUUUGCGCAGUUCCUUGAUGACUAUCUGGAUGAGACUCACAAUGACUUUACGGAGUGGUUCUGGUGGAAGUUUCUGGAGGAGGCUCUGGAGAAGAAGCAGCUCUCAUCGCUGCCUUUGACCGUUGUUGGGGGACUGGACAAGACGGAAGAGGCGUGGAAGAUCUUGAAAACUGGUGAGAACCAUGGAACGAGACUGAUCAUUGUGCCGGAUUACACGGCAUAA